AUGCUUGAAGCCCAAGAGGAUCGAGCAGCUACAUCAAUCAUUGAAGGCUUAAUGCUUGAUGUCGAACCUACCAAUCAUGAACUCAAUCAUCACAUUGACGAUGGUGCUCCUCAAGUUCUGUACAGAGACCUUGAUCAGUCCAACUUUGGAGUCAAUCCUUUUUCAGAAGAUGACGACAGUGAAUAUGAUGGAAGAAUGUUUAAUGAAGCAGAGUCUUACGAGGAACGGACACUUCGGGAGCAGAAGCAGUGGCAAGAGAAGACCUUUCAAUGGGGUCACACGGAUCUAUGGGACUAUGACUGGAAGGAACCCUGCCAUUGCACAGGUACCAUGGUUCGAACUCCGAAGAAAAUUGUGGUCUUUGAUAUCUUGUAUCGAAAGCAGAUCAUGGUGAAUUUCUGUGCAUGUCAGUCGGAUGCUGUGCGGCUGGUGAAGAUGGGCUUGAUUGGGGGAACAGCAAAAUAUCCUUGCACUGCUUUCUCAAUUAGACUUAUUCGAUUCUAUCAGUUAUUAUGGAAAUGGUGUAGUAAUACAAUUGCGCCAUUCUGCCAGGCAGUCGACGAGUUUUUGGAUGCGUUUAAUACCUUGAUCCUUGUUCCGAGUGGAAACCAACCUCGCGAGUGGCGGAAGCGAUUCUCCUGUGCAGUUGAUGUCUAUCGUGAGAUGAUCCGGCGAGAAGCUGAACUGGAGACUCUGGCUCUCAAGCUUUCUGCAAUCGAAAAACUUGCAUCAAAUUGUCCUCGCUGUUUUGGCCCUGCAGUCCAAGGUAAACGCCCAGCUGAGCCCGAUGUCAUAGUUUCACUGGAUGGAAACUUUCAACAUCGGCGUCACAUGGCAGCAAGUGCGGGUUGGAGGCCUGAAAGCACAAUUACUCCAUCACUCUUCCUCACUUCCAAAUAUGUAAACAAAUGGGAAGAAAAAAUUGGGGUCCGUCGAAAUGAUGUGAAGGAUAAGACUGAGGAGUUAGUGCACCCAUGUAGUGAGCGUCACACUGCAGCAGAUGAUGUGAGAGGCGCACAAACAUGGAGUGGGUGCGAUGAAACUGGCCUUUUUGGAAUGGCAUGCCGACAUGACCAUGUUCUGAAAUUCAUUAAUAUUGUACAAAGUGGUGAACGUGGUCAUUUCCCUGUUGCCACAAUCAAUUGGAUGUUUAAACAACUUGAAGAAGCCAAUGGUGACCAGCAAAAAUUGGCUGUUCUUUACGAUAUAGGAUGUAAUUUGACAAAGGCAUUAAGGAAGAGAAGGGCAGGUGAAUUAAAGAUAGGUACUGGGGCAUGGCAUUCUUAUGCUCAUGAAAGAUCCUGUCAGAUCUUGUACAACCCUCGAUUGAAUGAAGACUGGGGAAUGUCGGAUGGUGAGGGUUUGGAGAGGAUAUGCAUCGACUAUGCUGCUUGA